GUGUGUGCGCGUGCGCGUGUGUGCGUGUGUUUGAAGUGCGCAGAGCAGCUGGCUUUUGUGUUCGUGGACUCCUCCCGUCGUGCGAUGAAGUUCAGACGCGCGUCACCGGCUUUUCGCACAGAGGAGGUUCCCGACGCGAGGGGAGGAUGGAGAGACGCGCCACUCGCGACCGUGGGAGGCUUUGAAUGCCACAUUACGCGGAGCUGAUUUCCGCUCGUUCCCUCGUUACACGACGCGUCUCGGCGCUCUCCGCGAGCGGUAACCCGGCCGCUCUGGAUCUUUUCCCGUCCGUCUCCCCCAGCUGAGAGGCUCCGUGGGCUGCGUGGACCGUAGAAAAAAAGAACCUCACCUCCGUCACGGUUAUGUAGUUGUAGUUUUUUUUUUUCUUCUUCUUUUUUUUGUGGGGAGGGGAAAUACAUGAAAUGUUGGCAUGGCCACCUCGCGAGCACAGAAGUGUCCUAAGAGUGAGAAGUUGGACGAGGCGCAGGCUUUGGCCAAGAGCUGCGCGGGGAGACCGGACUUCCUGCCCUGCGACGGGCUCUCCAUCUGCGCCACCCACAGCCACGGGAAGUGCUUCAAGCUGCACUGGUGCUGCCACUUGGGCUGGUGUCACUGCAAGUAUGUUUACCAGCCCAUGACCAACGUGUGCCACCUGCCCACCACGGCCGUGCCAGCCGAUGGGACGGAGUACAGCGGAACCAUGGACCUGUCCGUCGCCCUGGCCGAGCGCUUCCUGAAACUCGCCCCCUGCUUCCAGUCCCCCCCUCACCUGGAGUCGCCCAAGUACUGCGUCAUAGCUGAUCUGUUUGUGGACGACUACGUCGUCAAGCGCAUCAACGGAAAGAUGUGCUACGUGCAGCGCCCGCCGCCUGCCAUACCGGAACCUCCGCGUGCUUCCACCCCUCCCCGGCCUGCGCCCUCAACACCUCAGGUGCCCCAGAAGCCCGCUCCGCCUCGGCAACCGGUGAAGCCUGCACCGCCGGCCCAACGGGCGCCUUCGCAGCAGGUCCAGCAGGCCCCGCACGUGCACAGCGAACACAAACACCCUACCCCUGUGGAUAAGAUAAAAGGCACCAAAAUGGACCAGUGCUCCUCUCCCUCCAGCUCUGAGGACUCCGGCAUCAACGCGUUGGGUCUGCAUUACCUGGAGUCCUGCGAGGAGGAAACGGAGGAGGAGGAGGAGGAGGAGGAGGAAGAGGAGGAGGAGGACGAGCUGAGCACGGAUGGGAAAUCCAGCCCCGGCAGCGUGUGGGAUCAGGACGACUGCUCUCUGCUCUCCCCCUCCAAGUCCAUGAUAGAGAUCAUCGAAAAGAUUGAAACGACGGUGUAGCCGACACAACGCCGUCGUGGACACCGGCUUGUGAGCCUCAGAGAAGAAAUGACGAGAAUCACACCUGAGGAUUUAUUCCACGUGGACUGAUGGGACACAACCCCCCCUCCCUGCGGUUCAGCAGAGCUUCGCUUGGUGGUUUGGUUGCGUUUCUUUGCGGCAGGUGGCCGAGGACUGUGCAUCUCAUCUGUCCGCCUCCCCUGCAUGGAGUGAAUUUAUCACAACACAGAAAGCCACAAGCACAAGAAUAUUAAGCACAUGCACAGUGGACCAAAUACCCCUAUGCACAGCAAAAUGAUUCAAUGAUAGGUGCACUUCAGUCAGAAGAAAAUGAGACUUUUCUCUUUAGGCAUAUAUUACUGGAGCUACAUUUUGUAUGAAUAAAGGUGGCAUGAGUAGGUUUCCUGAUAAUACGCAGUUAGGCAAACAAUUAGUGUUCGCCAGCCGUCAAUCUGCCAGACAGACUUUAUUCUUAUUCACUCUUGCAGAUACGUAGGUCUGCCAUUUCUCGUUCCUCUGGUCAAUGGACCCACCCACACGUAUUAUUCAUUCCUACAAUUAAGCAUAAUAACUGCGAGGCCAGCUACCUCUCAUGGGCCUAAACCAAAUCAGCCCGUUAACCACUCUGCUCCGGGCUGCUGGGACACGGCUGUCAGUUCGCGUGCACUUCACUGGCACCAACACAGGCCGUAGGUACGUAGGCAGGACAGUGUUCGACAAUCAAGGAUUACAAAGAAGCACAUUCAUACACUGUCACUGCCAGCGAGGGCCAAGGAGACUCUUAUCAAGCCAUUUAUCAGACAUUAACACAUUCUUCUGACCACAUAUUCUGGUCAACCUGGUCUGGACUGCUGUGCCGAUCCAGGUUAAAUGGGGCGUUAAGCAAAACAUGACUUGUAUUGACCUCUAUUAGCAUCCAGGAAAUGAAAUAGCAAAGACGUGUCUGGCAGAGUUACAGUGACAAAGCAGGAGUUGUUAAAGCAGAAUAUUAGAAGAGAGCACCUAGGGAAGAGGGAAUAUACAUAUUAUAUAUAUUAACAUAUAGACUUAAAAAUUGAAUUGCUCUUGGCGUUUUGGGUUCGAUGGUGAGAUGUCCCGUGAUUCCAGCUGAGAGAGUCUGAUAAAGGAUUGAAAGCUAUUUUGUGUUAUAGUGAGAAAUCUCACUUAGAGCGCCUUUAAAGCAGGUUAAUGUAUGGAAUAGAAUGAUGUUGUGAUGUUAUAAGAAAUACACUCAAAUAUAAUAUUUGUCAGACAGACCCUCAUUAGUCAAGUUAGUAGAAGGAAGAAAAUUGUUUUAAUGUUUCAACUGUUAUUUUUAUUUCCUGGAGAGUUAUCUGCAAGAAUCACUAAAACCUUCACAAAUAUGUACUGCUACAAUGAUAUGCUAGAUGUAAGAAAAAAAGAAGGAAAAACAUAAUUUUGCAUGACUGCAUUAUUUUGCCCCUCAAGUAAAAACACAAAUUUAUGGUUCAGUGUUUGAAGUAAACAAAUCCGUCAAAGGUUUUUCUCUUAUUCAGGAACGGCCCUUGACAUUAAACUCAAGACAGUCCCUCUGAAUACGUUAAAACAUAUGCUAUGGUCUCACUCUUGUCAUAUUAUUUUCAUAUGAAUAAAUCCAAAUGAUAC